GACAAGAAAAGGCAACAAAGUACAUAUCUGAAAUGGCAGUGUAAGUGCGUGAAAAUUAUUGCGUUCAAUUUUGUAAAUAAGUUCAGCUGUUCGAUUGUGAUAUAGAAGUGUAGAGACGGUGGCAAGGAACACUGCGAGACAUGUUAUUGAAUGUGUAGGCGGCCUUGUUUAAUAUUUCACAAUAAGUAUGGCCUAAAAUUUAUGAAAAUUUGUAUGGGGAGCAAAUAAGACGUUGCCAGUGGUGUUCCGAAACAUUGUACUAGUUUCGUAGUAUGCCUAGAGGUGAAGUCUUAUGUUACGGUACAGCAAUUUGACACAUUGCAUUGUACUGUGAAGAAACCUAUUCUGCACUAUGGAUGUAAUGAACGUGGAUACUGAGAAUAAAGGAUGUACUGGUGAAAUGGAAGUCCAGAUCCCUAAUACGAAAUCUGUGUUGGUAACUGAAUUUGUAAACUGGGCACAGAAAAAGAACAAUCUUUUUAAAUUACUUCAAGACUCAGUAUGUGAUGAUGGUCGUAUUUGCUUGGAAUUUAGCAUUGGAACAGAUAAAAAUUUUACACUUUUUUGUCCAUCAGAAUAUCCUCAUUAUGAAGAUAAUUUCUUUGUUGAAGCUACAACGUCACUUCAGUUCUGGUGCAAUGCAUUAAAUGAGUUUAUUCUUGAUGCAGAUGUGUUGCUGUCCCUUGAAACCAUAUUAGAGAAAGCUGCAUCCCUCUACUGUAACAAGAAAUCAAGCAGGUCACCGUGUAUAAGCUCUUCAGAGUCUGACCCUGAGGGGGAUUUGGGUGAAGAAUUUAUGGUGGUUGAUGGUGACUCUGAAGAGGGAGAAGAAUGGGAGCACGUACUUUGUCAGAAGAAAAAGAUGUGGCGCAUAAAGGAAGCAGAACUGAGAGCAGCCACUAAGCAACCAAAAAUGUCUGACAUGUUUGAUGGAAAUGUAAAAGAUCAUCCAAAACAGGUGUUCAGUAACUCUGCAGCAUCUGGAAUACUAACAAAUGACUUAGUUGCAAUUAUGGAGUCAAAACACAAGACUGGAAUCAAUGCAGAGCCUAUUGAUGACAAUAUCUAUAAGUGGGCAGUGUUCCUCUCUUCUUUUGAUUCUCAGGGAAAUUUGAAUCAGGAUUUGCUACAGUUGUAUCAGAAAUAUGGUUAUAAUUAUGUAGAGCUGCAGCUUGAUUUUACAAUGGAUCUUUAUCCUUUCUACCCACCAGUUGUAAAGGUUGUCCGCCCACGACUACAAGGUUCCAUGAUGUUGCGUGUUGCUAGUAUGGACAUGUUGAAGCUGUCUCAUUGGAAUCCUGCAAGAGAUAUGAAAUCUGUUUUACAAGAGAUCAAAGAUUAUUUAAGCACAUGGGCAAGACUUGACUUGAACAGUGAACGCAAUGAUGACCAGCGCUUCCCUCAAGGUGCUUAUAUUGAAAUGGAAAAUUACCUUCUUUGGCUAGCAUGGGUAAGUGAAAUCCCUUCACGUGCCCACCAACGAUUCCCAGAAGCAGAACAUGAAAGGUUAUUGUCUCAUGCACCUGACAGUGACAGAAAAAAAUGUCAAGAGAAGUCUCCGUUUCCUGCUGGGACAGGCUACAGCUCAUCUUUCCAUAAAGGGUGGGACAUAAAUGCAUAUCUGGCUGCUCAGAGGGAGAAAGAUAAACAGAUAGAAUGUGUGCUGCAGAAAAUUCUGCAAGAACUUAAAAAAGGUUCAGACUCAAACAGUGAUGAUGUAGUGCAUAGAAAUCCCUUUGGUGUUGAUGGUACAUAUACCAGCUUCACAAUUCCAUCCUGCAGUUCAAAUUUGUCAGCGAUGGAAGUUACAGAAAAGAAAUGUAGUGAUAAUCAUUGCAAAGCAGUGUGUGAGAGCAGUCUUGUAGCUGCAGCACCAAAGAAGCAAUGUCUUGUGGAUUUUGAACCUGAUGGUAUUCUUUCAGAAUAUCAGGUUACUUCUAAAAAGUGGAACUCAGAAGUUUGCAGUCAGCAGAAUGGUAAGAGCCCUGUAGACCCAACAGAAGAUCUAUUCAAUGUUUUGGAGGCCUCCACAUUAGUGCCUUUCCUAGAAUCAAAGCUGCAAGUAGAUUCAUUUCUUGAAAUUUGUCAGCAUACAGCAGUUUAUCGCUGUGUUGUUGAUAUUAUUAGUGAAAUUGCUUCAAGACCAAAACUUGUUGGUUUGUUAUGGAGUCUGCCAGACCAAGUGCAGUCCAUCUACACAUUGGUGAGUAGAUUGGAAGAGAAGGCAAAAGCUAUUUUAGUACAACUCACAAAAACAUCAGCAAAUGGAAAUAUUCCAACUACUGCAUCAGCCAAGAAAAUCAGUAACAAAAGUUCAAAUAAUGGUUCAGGCUGUGUUGAAGCUCCAGAAGAGGAAAGGCUGGCACGGGACUUCUAUCAGAUGAGUCACACAGUUUCAGCUGCUCUGGUAAACCAAGGUCUCCUUGCAACGUAUGAUAAAGAUCAGUCAUCCACUUCUCAGCAGUCUCCUAGAUCACAGUCACCAACAGCAAGCAGUCUGGACUGUGAUCAGACCUUAACCCAGACAUACAAGGAAGCACUAAAAGACUUGCAGUAUUUGAGUUGUGACAUUGAAGUGGAAGGUGCAAGUGCACAUCACUUCAGCACCCAUUUUAAAAAGGCCCUCCCUCCAAAUUCUGCGCAGGUGAUAAGGAUUGCACACGAAAUGGCUGCGUUGUCAACCUCUCUGCCCCUUGAUCUAGGAUCAGCCAUUUUCAUUCGUACAGAUGAUGCAAAAUGUACCUUGCUGAGGGCACUUAUUAUAGGACCAGAAGGGACACCUUAUUCUGGUGGUUGCUUCCAGUUCGACAUAUUUUUUCCACCACAAUAUCCCACAUCGCCACCACUAGUGCACUUCUGCACCACAGGCCUGGGCCAGGUCCGCUUCAAUCCCAACCUCUACUCUUGUGGCAGGGUGUGCCUGUCUCUCUUAGAUACAUGGAAGGGCUUGCAAGGGGAGCACUGGCACGAGACUUCUACGCUAUUACAGGUCCUGGUUUCAAUACAAAGCUUGAUCCUGGUCCCAGAACCUUACUUCAACGAACCAGGCUUCGAGGCUAUGCUGGGAACCGAAAAAGGGAAACGCUACAGCAAAUCCUACAACGAGGAUAUUCUGCUCCAUACGAUAGUCCAUGCCAUGGUUGCCCAACUGAAGAGGCCAAGUCCUGGGUUCGAGGACGUUAUACGCGCACAUUUUCGGAUCAAGAAAAAAUUUAUAUUAAAGGAAAUUAAGUGCCACAUGAAGACUCAUAAUGAUGUAAAGUCCCUGCAGAGAGCAUAUGAAUCACUGCAUUAUGAACUUAACAAAUUAACUUCUGUGUCAAGUAAAAAGACAGGAUCAAAUGUAAAAGAGGACACUAAAAUUGUAAAGAAUCCUGUGUGACCUAAAGAUAUAGGAGCAAAGACCUAGUUGAGACUGUGAUAUCUCCUGACUGAAAGGAUUCAGAUGCUCAAAACACUUUCCAACUAGAGGUAGGACGAUCCUUAAAAGUGCCAUCAAAAAUUAAUUCGUCAAAUAUGUAGAACCCUUCUGGUACAGAAUCUAACUUAAUUUUGUCCACUUUUCAUGUGUAUUUUAGGUGUCGAAACAGAUGUCAUUUUGGAAGUGGUCUAAUUUUCUGUAGCAUUUGGAACGACACUUGAAAUUUCUGUUGAAUGAUGCCAGUGAUAUAUGAAGACUGAAAUGUUCAAUUGAAUUAUUUUUAAAAUAUUUGCUGAAUUUAAUCGUCCAAUCUCUAGUUUCAGUAUGAGUAUGUAGAUUGUAAGAAGUUGUGCAGAUGUGGAAUGAACAGUAUGAAGGUAGGGAUGUGAAAUGUAACCAGUCCAGUGCACUUGUUCAUUGUAAUUAAUGUUACCUUAUUUAACUUAGACCCUGUAUUUGCUGGAUUAUAAAAUAUAUUUUCAAAUAUAUAAGUGUUACAUAAAAUAUUUAACUGUUAUAUAGCUUUGAAGCAGAUUGUGAAAUUGCAAACUUAAGACACAGUGAUAUCUGUACUUAAAUUAUUUUAGACAAUCCUAUCAGUUAGUCAACCCAAAUACUAGUUAAAACAUUAUAAAUCGUCCAUUAACAACAAAAAAACAUGUUUACAAAUAAUAUAUUCUCUUGUGGAAAAUACAGCAGUGAGUCUAUGUAAACAAUGUACUUAUGCAAUUGUUUCCUCAUCUGCAAGUCAGUGAUUCCCAUCAUUACUGUGAAUCAUCUUCAUUGUCCACUUGAAGCACAAGUUUGAUCUUUAACUUUUGUAGAACAAAGUUUUCCCAUAGUCAUGAUGUAAAGUUAUAAAGAUGACAGCAGAAAUUAGAAAAAGUAAUGUAUGAAGGACAUUCAUAUUGCACUCUUCACAUAUUUCCAUUGAAUGUAAUUUAAUGUUUUAAUUCUCAUUAUUCAAUGUCUGAUUAAUUUUUUUCUGAUUUUUGGCUGCUGUUAUAUGGGACUGGAUGGUAGUGAUUUACAGUUUAUUUUAACCCUUUUUAGUGUCAAGGUCAUUGGAUGCUCAAAAACAUACAAAUGCCAACACUGAUUUGGUCAGCGCUCCAUGUUCACCAUGUUUGUCAUUUUGGAUUGCCACAUGCAGUUGCUUGUCAUUAGCCCUUUCACUGCUAGUAUGUUAAGUAACUCUCAGUACCCUCUGUGCUGAAUUAUUUUUGAAUAAAUCUUUUAUAAAUAAUUUAAGUGCAAAGCAUGAAAAUUUGUGAUAAAAUGU